ACAGCAUCCUUUUAGCUGCUGCUUCUUCUACUUCUCAUCUUGUGCAUUCCUUUUCGCCUGCGUUUGCGUGUGUGCGUGUCCUCCAGCUUGGAUGUGGGCAUGCUCCCGCCUACCACCACCCUAUCCAGCCUCAAGAAAUCGUAAAUUAUUUUAGUGCUGCCAAUAAAUUGAUGCCAAAAUCUAAUCGGAGCUCGCGCGCAUGAUACCUGCUGUUCUCGAACGGUGGGUAUCCAACGGUGUUUCGGUUAACUGUUACGCUUACUGUAACUGUAACUCUCUCCCCACAAACCCGCGCUGAGGCUGACUUCUGUGUGUGCGUGUCGUGUGAAUUUUCACAAUUAAUUAAAAAUGCAAACAGCCUAGGGCACAGCAACGAAACAACAAAAACAGCACCCCUGUGCUCUCAAUUUGAAUUCCUUUCUUUUGUCUGGCGUGUCCUUGCCCUCAUACGGGUGUGUGUAUAUGUGUGAAACUGAGAGGAUUACAACUGAAUUUGAUGUGCCAACAACAAGAGAGAAAAGAACAGGCGUUUACAACAACAGCAACACAGUCGCCACUUGGAGUACCAAUUAAAUGGCAAAGCCACGCAGAAAACGCUUCCGUUUGAGUCUGUGUCGACGUCCACGUUACAGCAAGCACAAGAUCCAUGCCACAAAAUAAGCAAAAGCCACAGCAGCAGCAUCAGAAACGUUCCGCAAAUAGCAACAGCAACAGCAACAGCCAUUGGAGCCACAGGAGCAGUAGCAGUAGCAGUAGCAUGAUGGAUAAACGAUCCCUCUGCCUGCUGGUCAUCUGCGUGAAUCUCUGUCUCGUGAUCUGGCUGGUGAGCGUGCAACAGCCACAGAUGCUGGAGACAGAGGCCCCAGCCUCAGCAGCAGCCCUGACAGCAGAGAAGGAUGUGGAUGUGAGCAGCGAAACAGAGGAGUCGCCGCCAACGCCGCCGCCACCAUGUGGCAAAGAAAGAAUCGGGAGAGAAAGCAGGAGCUGGAGCAGGAGUUGGAGCAGGAGCUGGAGCAGCAAACCAAACCAAAUACACGACACCCCUAGUCGCAUCCCUAGUUAUAACGAUAGUUUAGAUCUAAGUCUGACUUCCCAGGCGGCGGCACCGCGAACACCCGCGCCCCAGGUCUUCACCAAUCUGAUGGAUCUGCACAAUUUCGCGUAUCUGAUGAAUCAGCCGCCCUGCGAUGCCCGUGUCCAGGCCUUGAUUCUCGUGCACACCUCGCCUUACAACCACCAGAAGCGGGCGCUCAUCCGACAGACGUGGGCCGAGAAAAAGUACAUCGAGAGGACACCCCUGAGGGUAAUCUUCCUGCUGGCGGACGUGUGGCACGAGCGGCCCAGCUGGCAGCACUUCUUGGACCAGGAGAACGCCAAGAACGGGGACAUGGUGCAGGGGAACUUCAAGGACGACUACCGGAACAUGACCUACAAACAUGUGAUGGCCCUCAAGUGGUUCAACGAGAACUGCCCCCAGGCCCAGCUGCUGGUCAAAGUGGACGACGAUGUGUACAUGAAUACGCCGCAGUUGGUCAAAUACCUGAAGGAUCCCACGCGGGCAGAGCACGACCUGCUGCUAGACCCCAACCUGCUGCUCUGCAGGCCCGUCAAGGCCCCAAGGGUUAAGCGAUCCUAUCGCUCCAAAUGGCGGGUGACGUACAAAGAGUACCCGUAUCGAUAUUAUCCGGACUAUUGUCCAGGAUUCGCCAUCGUCUACGCCCCAGAUGUGGCGCGGCGGCUGUUCAAGGCCGCGCAAAAGGCCAAAUACUUUUGGGUGGACGAUGCCCUCAUCACCGGCGUCCUGGCCAAGGAGACGCACACAAAGAUCACCAGCCUGCAGCAUGUGAUUGGCAAAACGGACACCAUGCAGCUGAUUGCCGGACAGAUUGGCUUCGACUACAAGGAGUUCCUCUUUGCCUUCCAUGGCAUCCAGCCGCACAUGUGCAACAGCCUGUGGGAUCUCACUGUGGAGACCAAUUACACGUUGGAGACGUCUCCAUCGUCCUCUUCAGCUGCUUCCUCCUCCCCUGCGCUCAGUGCGAAUACCUCCGUCAUGAGCACGGGCCUUAGUUAGUUUUAAUCUCGGCUUAGUCUCGAUUCGCGUUUAAUUUCGUUAUGGCUGUUCAGUUCUUAGGGUUUCCCUUGUAAGUCUCUCUAAGUUUUAAGUUUGAUUUUUUUGUUUAGCUAUUAUAAUUAUUAGUCGAUUAGUUAUAUAGUUAAUGUUUAGGUAGCAUUUUGUCAUGGAACAUGAGAAGCAGAGGAGGAUUUGGAGGAGAACGGAAACGGAAACAGAAACAGAAGCCGAACAAAGUCAAGUGAAACCACCACCCAACCACCUGCCUACAAUCAUUCGUAUCAUACGAGUAUAAGCUAAGCGAUUAUACAGAUAUAGUCAUACGCAAGGGAGUGCCGUGCUGUGCCGUGCCGCCUCCUGGUGAUAAGAAGAAGCCACUCUCGGACAAGUCGAAACAGCAACAGAUAAUAGCAGCCACAAAAUGCGAUUACCUUAAGCACAACUAUUUUUAAGUCGUAAGAAGACGAAUGCAAAUGCAACACAAAACACCAUAGUACUUAACGAACCAUACAAAACAGAAGAGAACAUAACAGAACAGAACAGAACAGAACAGAAGAGAUGCUGGGAGUGCUUCGAAGGUGAACGAUGAAUCCCAAACCAAAUAAUGAGCAGUGUGUGAAAGGAAAGGACGUACAGAAUACUCUCGAUACGGGGGAGGGGAGAACGAGGAGUGAUGCGAUGCUUCAACUAUUUUUUCUAUUGUGUAAACAUUUUUAUAGCCCAUCAUCUCUUUCGCUCUCUCUCUAUUAAUGUAUCGAUACGAUCUGAUAAAUAUACACCGUAAAUAAAAUAGAAUAAACAACAAAACGCAGUAUAAACAACAUAAGAGGGAACAUGUACGUACGAAUAUCAAAAGCAAAAGCAAACACAGAAUGAACGAACGAAAAAUGUAACAAAUGAAAUUUAUAAAUGUG